AUGCUCAAUUUCGCAUCCCUUCCAGCUCGCAGCAGUACUUUCCGGACCAUUGGACUUACUGGUCAUGUCCGGAUUUCGCAAAUCGCUUCUUUUAGCACCAAGAUAAACCAAGCGGAUGGUAGAAAGAGAGACAAUUCUCCCGAAGAGCUCGCAUCCAACUCUCAUCUGAAGAGUGCCCCAAUAGACUACUCUAAUAAUGCACCAGUUAAUCCCAAAAAAAAGAGGCCUCUGUUGUCAGAUUCGAAAUAUGAAAGUAGGCUUUACCAGCUUCCCAAAUGGAAAGAAGCCCUGGGCGAGAUAGUUAUUCGGUCCUUCAACCUAGAUAUGGAUAAGGUGAGAUCUGGUCCUGUGGCAGGCUCGCAUUAUUAUGCUAUGUGUAAGGAACAGGGUCUUCAAUUCGAAAAUGAACCUCUAUCAGCCACGGCGAAGUUCUUUUAUGAAGAUUUGAAGCUUCCCCGUACGUUCUCCCAAUGGUUCCAGAUUACUAUAUUACACGAGUGGAUUCUGUUUGUUCGCAUGCGCGCAAUGCCUUUCAAGUAUGGGAGAAAUUAUCAACAGAAGCUGGUGGAUAGAACAUUCACAGAUAUUGAGUUAAGGCUAUUCGAUGAGAUGAAUGUCAACUCCAGUCGCAUAGCCGACCAGUAUUUGAAAGACUUUAAUUCUCAACUACGCGGGGCUGUCUUCGCUUAUGACGAAGGAUUCUGUACUGAUGACUCCACCCUGGCUGCCGCCAUCUGGAGAAACCUAUUUGGAGGCAGGAAGAACGUUGAUAUGAUCCACUUAGAGGCAAUGGUCAGAUACGUUCGAGCCCAACUUUACGUACUAAGCAAAAUGUCAGACAGGGAAUUCGCAAUGGGUGGCUUUAAAUUCGUGUCACCGGAUGAAACUGUUCACCGUUUGACACCUCAGGAAGAAGCUGUGAUGAAAAAGGCUGUCGCAGAGAAAUAUGAGGCCAUGGACAAAAACCCCGAUUUGUUACCAAGCGAACGCAGUAAAUUAUCGUACGAAAAUUAG